UAUUUGGCUUGUUGUGUGAAUAGUCUGUGCGUCCUGUCGCUUGUUGAUUUGCAAAAUGUAGUUAUAAAUGGCAUCAACAUAACCUUAUUUAUACCUUAAUUAUAACUUUAAAGAUAACUCUAAAUAUUUUGGACACAGGUCGCUUUUGGAGCUAUGGCGGGUUUUGAGGAGCCAGACUUGUUUCAGGUUUCAAUUAAAGCUCUGAAACCUUCUACACAAGACAUGGUUUGUAGCUUACUGAAUCCCUUGAAAGUUAUUCCAACAGAUGAAGGCCUGCCAAGGGACUGGAGAGGACUGGCACAGUUGGUUGGCCUGCACGGUGAAAAAAUUCCUCAGGUUUCUUCAAACCCAAAUCCUACAGAACAAGUUUUAAAGCAAUGGCAAGAGAACUCCAUAGGAUUACUACAGAAGUAUUUGGGAGAGCUCGAUCGAUGGGACAUUGUAGAUGACACUGAAGUUGUAAUGAAAAAUGAUGCCAUUGAAUACCUCAAAUCUGUUGAGAGGGCUUCCUCGUCAGCUUCUGUUCUAGAUGUGGAAACAGAUAAGCAGAUACUUACCAGAGAUGAUGUUAUUCGUGCAGAGAAAGGCUUAAAACCACAAACUUACAGUGCCUUUUUGCUGUAUGCAGAUGAAGAUGAGAAUUUUGCAAUGCAGGUUGUAGACCAGAUGGAAACAAAGUACAAAUUGAAGCUGUGUUUACGAGAUCGUGAUUUGAUUGGUGGUCUUGCAUUUGAACACGAAGCAAUUAUGAGACUAAUAUCUGAAAGAUGUAACCGAUUAAUUGUUGUUGUUUCUCCAAGCUUUCUUAAAAGUGAAGCAAACAAAUUUUUUGUUACAUUUGCUCAGGCUCUUGGCAUUGAUCAGAAGCACCGGAAAGUUGUACCUGUGCUGUAUCAGAAGUGCCAACUACCUCCUGAGCUGAGUUACUACUUCCUACUGGACUUCACUCGACCUGGCCACCUCUGGAAUUUCUGGGAGAAACUGCACGAUUCUAUUGCAGCUCCGAGUGCAAAUAGCAGGACCACAAGAGACUUCAGCAGGACUGAAGAAAUUACAAUAAAGAACAACAUAGAUGACAAAUUUAAGGAGCAUAUGGCUAGUGGACUGCCAUACCAUUCAGCACCACAUGACAUACAUGGAAGUGCGUUAUAUAAACCUCGCAGUUUGAAAGAUAUACCAUCAGAUUCAUUGUUCACACCUGUUAAGCAACAUACGUCUUCUGAUGGCAAACGUCUAAAGAAGAGCAAAUCACCUAGUCUAGAAAAUCUCAAACCGAAGGCUUGGUUGAAACGAUUUCUGCCAUCGUCCAGUCACAAGAAGAAAGGCAGUAAAGUAGCAGAAGGAUAUGAAUGUUAAAAAAACUUGUUACAAUAAAGAUUUUCUCCGCUCAUAAA